GCAACUAUAUUGAGUUAUGGACCCACCGAUUUAACCCCUUUCUCCUUUUCCCCUUCUUCUGUAUCAUUCUCAUGAUUCACUCUUCCAAGUGUUGGCGAAAAUUCAUAUACCCAGAUGGACGUUUCACCAUAAAGAUUAUUCCUUUGUGGGUUUGAUUCAGAUCUGUUUAUGUUAUCGGUGUUUACCUACGACUACCAACAUUAGCAGGACAGAUGGGUGUAGAAAAGGUAUUAAGAUGUCUAAGUAACAGCUUUUCUCGAUUCAUCCAUCUUGUCACAUUUGGUGUACCCAAGAACUUGCCAUGUCAGAAGGAGUACAAAGAUGUUGCUGGUUCACUGAAGCUUUUUAAACGUAUACUUGAUAACAUUGAUGAUGCACACAUACAUUCAGAUGAAAUUUUGCACAAGGAGUUUGAGGAACUUGAUGUAGCUGUAAAUGAGGCUCGAGAGUUCAUUGAGAAUUGGGGUUUUCACUCCAGCAAAAUUUGUGGGGCUGUUCAAAGCCGAGAACUAAUUGUUAAAAUCAGAAGCUAUUCAAUCAAGAUAUGUGAAACUGUAUUCAGGUCAUUGGAAUCAUCAUUACCACCAACAUCUACUUCUUUAGCUGAUAUUCAGCGUUGUAUGGAGGAAUUUGAGAGUUUAAAGUUGGAAACAGCAUCUGAAAAAGUAGAAGAGGCCAUGAAGUUCAUAAGAGAAGGAAAGGUUCCACCAUUAGAACAUCUAACAGAAAUCAUAGAGUUGCUUCAUUUGUCAUCAAGCCAAGAACUGCUAAAAGAGAGCAUUGCAGUGGAAAAAGAAAACUUGAAAGUUGACCAGUCAAAUCAAGUCAAUCACAUCGUUGACCUUAUCUUUCAUAUAAGAGAAACCAUGGUAAAUCUUGAAAGCUUGAAAGCCAUUAAUGGUGUUUCAGUCCCUUCAUAUUUCAUCUGCCCGUUGUCCCUGCAACUCAUGUUUGAUCCAGUAAUCGUGGCCACAGGACAAACUUAUGAAAGAGAUUCCAUCAAAAAAUGGCUUGAUCAUGGAUUCACAAGAUGUCCAGUAACCCGUCAAACACUUUCACACACCAAUUUGAUCCCGAAUUACACAGUCAAAGCUUUGAUUUCAAAUUGGUGCGAUGAAAACAAUGUAAAAGUCAACCGAACCGUUGACCACAAUCAACCGGAAUUGGAAACGGUUAGCCAUUUGACACAAAAAGAUGAAAAUGGGUUUGAUCAUCGAUCCCCCGUAGAGUCAUGUAGUCACAGCAGGACCGGAUCGACAUCAACCGCUGUUUCCAGUUCCGAUUACCAACACAUUUCCGUUUCCAAUUCCGGAGAAAUCGCUUCCGAUUCCGGUUCUGGGUUCUCGCAAUGGCCGUCAGACGGCGGAAACCGAAACUACCCAAGAACGGUCUCCCUUCCACUUGAUUCUUCACCAAACGAUAUAACAACAUCUUCACUCAUCGAACAACUUGUAAACGACCUCAAAUCCAAUUCCAAUUCGGCCCAAACGAAAGCCGCAGCGGAAUUACGAUUCCUUGCCAAAAACAACAUGGAAAACCGAACCAUGAUAGGACAAUCCGGAGCCAUCCAACCGCUCUUGCAACUGUUACGAUCCAACAUAAAAAUAACUCAAGAACACGCGGUGACUGCUCUUUUAAAUCUUUCAAUCAACGGAAACAUAAAGUCAAUGAUAGCGGAAUCAGGUGCGAUCGACCCGUUAAUUCACGUUUUGGAAACCGGAAACCCGUGUGCGAAAGAGAACGCGGCUGCAGCCUUAUUCAGCCUCUCGUUGUUGGAAGAAUACCGGGUCAAAAUCGGUCAAUCGGGUGCGGUCAAACCGUUGGUUGACCUUUUAAGAUCGGGGACACUAAGAGGGAAGAAAGAUGCAGCGACUGCUUUGUUUAAUUUAUCGAUAUUUCACGAGAAUAAAGCGCGGAUUAUUCAAGCGGGGGCGGUGAAGUAUCUUGUGGAGUUGAUGGAACCGGAAUCGGAAAUGGUUGAUAAAUCCGUUGCUUUGCUUUCGAAUCUGUCGAGUGUUCCGGAAGGGUGUUUGGCGAUUGCAAAGGAAGGUGGGAUUCCGUUGUUGGUUGAGGUGGUGGAAUCAGGGACUCCGAGGGGAAAAGAGAAUGCUGCUUCUAUACUUUUGCAGCUUUGUCUUGGCAGUCCUAAAUAUUGUCGCCUUGUUCUUCAAGAAGGGGCUGUCCCGCCUUUAGUUGCAUUGUCCCAGUCCGGGACAUCAAGAGCCAAGGAGAAGGCACAACAACUUCUGAGUCACUUUCGCAGCCAGCGUGAAAAUGCUUCUGGAAGAGGGAAAUCUUGAGAGACAAAAGAGAUGUGUUCGUUUCCACAUCAAGUUAUCUGAAAAGUUUGAAGAUUUUUGAAUAUCAAUGGUGGUGAUGGGGACAUGAAAGUGAAGGGUUAGAUCAGUUUCAGGCUUGUUGUUGGUUAAAAGAGUGAUUUCUUUUCAUUAUAUUUUUUGUCUUGUGGAUUCUUGUGUUGUUAUCGCAUAGUAUGUAAAGAGAAUGAUCGAAGGAAAAAAAACCCAUGAAUCUAUGAUUUUAAUCAAAUGGUUCGGGUUCACGGAGAGCAA